AUGGUAUGCCGUCGCCUAUGUUCCACAAUAUUCAUUCUGCUGACUGUUAUUCUGCAGGCCAGACGCUACGACAGUCGCACUACCAUCUUCUCGCCUGAGGGCCGUCUCUACCAAAUCGAAUACGCCAUGGAGGCCAUCUCGCAUGCUGGAACGGUUCUGGGUGUGCUCUCCAAGGAUGGCGUCGUGCUUGCCGCGGAGAAGAAGGUGACAGGGAAGCUCCUCGACAUGUCUGGGGCGAAGGACGGCGGGUACGGCGGCAGUGGCGAGAAGAUCUUCCUUCUGAACUCAAACGUCGUGGCCGGGGUCGCGGGUAUCACUGCUGACGCCAACUCCCUCGUCAACUACGCGCGGCAAGCGGCACAAAGACACCUGUUCAUGUACAACGAAGACAUCCCCGUCGAGUCGCUCGCGCAGCGGCUAUGCGAUCUCAAACAGGGCUACACGCAGUCUCCGGCCAUUCGGUGUCUCGCUCCUGUACGCGGGGUACGACCACAUUACGAGUUCCAGCUGUACCACUCGGACCCGUCUGGGAAUUACUCUGGCUGGAAGGCGACGUGCAUCGGGGCGAACAACGGGACGGCGACGUCGCUGCUCAAGCAGGAUUACAAGGAGGACAUCUCGGUCGAGGACGCGAUCGAGCUCGUGCUCAAGGUGAUGAGCAAGACGAUGGACAGCACGACGCUGGGGAGCGAGAAGCUCGAGUUCGCGACACUGACGCUCGACGCGAACAAGAAGCCCAAGGCGAAGAUCUACAAGCCCUCGGAGAUCGACGCGCUCCUCCAGAAACACGGGCUCGGGAAGAAGGACGACGACGCAGAGAUGACGGGCGCAUGA